UUCACAGCACCUAUCACAGCUGCACAAAAGUAAAUUAACCUGCACUGAAAAGCUACUGGAUUAUAAAGAAAGAUACAUCAUUUAUUUGAAGUCUAAUACAUUAUGUCGGUCAUGUGAACAGCAGGAAAAACAAAAUGAACCCGACCAGACAGAGCAAAAGAGAGUCAGCAGGCUGAAGUUUUCUGCUCGGACAGAUUUCACUCCACGGAACAACGUCUCAUUUCAGGUCGUGCGAGAAGUGGCGCAGCCCCUCAGCUCAGGGUGAGCUGCGCAGACCGUCAAACUUUUUGUGUUCAGACUUGUAAAAUAACUUUGCUUUAACUCAUAGUGCUGCACAGGAAAAGUUGCAAACUAUGCGCGCUGAUUGCCCAACUCCGUGCGGUGAAAAGGAUCCAAUCUGCCAAGUGUCAAACCCAAGCGAGAUGGAGUCGCAAACAAAGCCGGAGACGGAUCACUGCGGUGCAGGGGUUUGCCAGAGAGGAUGCGGGCUUCUGCUGUCUCGUGAGGACGUCAGUAAAGGGGAACACUGUUGCCUGGACGCGCUCCGCACGGUCACCGAUGCACUGGAGGAAAGAAGCGCAACUCUGGAGCAUGAAACCCGGAUGGCGAGGCUCAGGUGGAACAGGAGGGAGCAACGCCUGUUAGCCCAGGUGUCAACUCUGCAGAACGAGGCCCAGCUUGCUGCCCUCAAGUACCAACGGAGACUGCACCAAUACAUGCUGCACAUCCACAGCAUUGCAGAGCAGGUCACUGGGUACUAUAAGAGUGAUUUGAGGACAACUGCCGACAUGCAGAGCCAGAUAUCAGAAAAAGCAACAUGUGCCGAAGGGCUGCCACAGGAGCUGCUGGAAGGACCUGAGGUGAAUGGGAAGGAGUUGUCCAAGUCCAGCCAUGAGGAGACUGUGGAGGCCUUUCGCACAGCCAAGGACCCCGUCGUGGUGCAGGUCAUCAGGCGGACCCCCAGCGGCCGCCCCCAUGGCCCCCCUCAGGAAAUCCAUGUGGUGGAUGUGUGCACUCAGACUGACAUCACCUUUGAACACAUCAUGGCGCUGGCAAAGCUCCGGCCUUCGACCCCUCCUGUGCCUGACGUCUGUCCCUUCCUGCUCUCUGACAGCUGUCAUUCUCUUCAUACAAUGGACCAGGAUUACUAUGAAGGGACAGACUACCUCUCCCCUGUUCAAGCUGAUGGAGAGAGGACAGAGGAGUUUGAGUAUGAGGAAGUGGAAUUGUGUCGACUCAACUGCCAAGAGAAGUUGGGGCUAACUCUGUGCUACAGAACAGAUGAAGAAGAGGAUGUGGCCAUCUAUGUCAGUGAGAUCAGUCCAAACAGCGUUGCAGCCAGAGACGGACGCAUCAGAGAGGGGGAUCGAAUUUUGCAGAUUAAUGGCCAAGAUGUACAAGACAGAGAGGAAGCUAUGGCUGCGCUCUCCAGUGACAAGUGUAGGAACAUCGUGCUGCUGGUUGCCAGACCUGAGAUGCAGCUGGAGGAGGCCUGGCUGGAUGAUGAGCACAGUGAGUUCCUGGAGCAGCUGAAGAUGGAAAUGUUGGAGGAGCAGCAGAGAGAGGAGAUGGAAUUGGCUGCCUUACAGGAGGAGCAGGAGAAUGAACAGAGAGCAGAAGACGACAAGCCCACCUGCUCCACACUCCCUCAUCAUAAGGACAGUGUACGGAGUAUAAAAGACAGAAUGGAUAGCUCGGAGCAUAAUGUCCUGGCACACAUCCAGAGACGUCUAUCCCAGUGCCUGAGAGACAAUCGGGACACACACCGCACCGCCAGCUCCCCGCGGCUGGAGGACAAAGAGGAUGAGGAUGACGACGAAACUGAGGGUGAUCGUUUCCAGCAGCUCUUGGAGCUGAAGUGUCAGAUACGUAACAGCGGCGAGUACGACUUGUUCUACAGCCGCCGCAGCACUAUUGAGUGCAGCAUGGGGGAGCAGGGCGGCGUACAGCAUGAGCUACGUAUGCUCAAUGAGGAGCUGCGCAGCAUCGAGCUUGAAUGUCAGAACAUCAUGCAAGCUCAUAACCUUCGUAAGGGCCAGCAGUCUCCCUCUACUGGCAACUCUGCACCCUCAACCAAAAACCAAAGCCUCCAUCGGAGUCAGCCCACAAAGGGUAAGCUGGCAGAUAUUAAUGAGAGGCUGGAGAAAUCGGAUAAGGACAGCUCCAGUGCCUAUAACACAGCGGAGAGUUCACGGAGCACUCCUCUGGCAAUGGACCGCUCUCCGGAGCACUCACUCCAGAGGAUGGUUAGUCUCACCAACCAGAGGAACCUUUGCAGUGGCCUUCCCACUGGCCAUUCUCUUAGCCCAAGCCCCAUCCCAGCCUGCCGUGCUCCAGUCCCAGGCAAAAGUAGCAGCCCUGACCACAGCAAUCCUUCUGAGUCGAACCAGACACCUCGGGCUGAGGAGGAGAGUGGCGGGAAAUUAAAGCCACGUGCUUCCAAGAUUCCUUACUUCUCUCCGUCCCUCAGUUCCCAGCAGAGGCAGGUCAACAUCCCAGCUCAUGCCCGCCACUACCAGAGCUACAUGCAACUGAUCCAGCAGCGCUCAGCUGUAGAGUAUGCUCAGAGCCAGCUCAGCCUCCUCAGUGUCUGCAAAGAGCCUCAGAGGCCCAUUAUUGAGCCCAAGAUGGAGUGGAAGGUAAAAAUCCGCAGCGACGGCACACGCUACAUCACCAAGAGGCCUGUGAGAGACAAGAUUCUGAGGGAGAGAGCCCUAAAGAUUAAAGAAGAGCGCAGUGGGGGAAUGACCACGGAUGAUGAUGCAAUGAGCGAAAUGAAGAUGGGGAGGUACUGGAGUAAAGAGGAAAGGAAGCAGCACCUGGUCAGAGCAAAAGAACAGAGGAAAAGACGAGAGUUCAUGCAGCGUAGCCGGCUGGAAAGCUUGAAGGAGAACCCUCAGAGCAGCAGCGAGAGUCGCAAGGAAGUCAGCAUUAUAGAGCUCAGUCACAAGAAGAUGAUGAAGAAACGCAACAAGAAGAUCCUGGACAACUGGAUGACCAUCCAGGAGCUGAUGACUCAUGGUACUAAGGCCCCUGAGGAAGCCAAGGUGCACAAUGCCUUCUUAUCAGUCACUACUGUAUAAAAAAAUAAAUUAAAAAAAACACAAAAAAACCACACAUUCUACCCCAUGCGGUAUAAUAUACUUGCCUCGUUCAAUGUGGCGUUUUUAUGAGGACAAUAGGAAUAUUUUUCACACUUUGUAACCCAAAAAGCAUUUUGUAAAGAAUUUAUGAGUAUUGUCAUGCCAUUUUUUCAUGUUUUUCCAUUAGUUUUUCACAUCAAUCUGCAGAAAAAAAGUUUCUAUGAAAUUAAGGCUAUACAAUUAUUUUAUACCUUUGCUCUAAACAUGUUUAUCUUUUCGAAUCUAUUUUCAUAUUUAUGUUGUAACCAUAUAUCUCAAAAUAGUUUUAUGAGCAUCUUCAGAAAAGUUAAGUAUUUCCUUUUGUGUAUUAUGUACACUUGCCAGUUGCAACACACAACAAAUCUGUCGGUCUCCUGUCUUUCACUGACUUUUUUAAUGUUCCUUUUAAUCAGCAGAUCUACUAAUCCUUUAAAGCUGAAAUCAGUAACUCAAGAGGUAGUUUAAAUUAUGUUUCAGACUAUUGGUGCAUAGACGUGGACUUGAAGUUAAAUUGUUAGCCAUGCAGACAUCAUAAAAUUGUAAUAUCUAAUGAACGUUUUUGUUUUUUUAAGUUCCAAAUUUCAUCUUUAAAAAAGGGACAUGGAUCACACAUUCCACAGUACUGUAAAACUUGCUCCUAAUAAAAGACUGAGCAUAACUACAGCAAGAAUGUGUUUAAUCCCUAAAAUGCAAUGAAUUAGAUAGAAAUCCAGUGAUCUGAAAGCGAAAAGAUCCCUUAAAACUCUUGGUGUUUCACUUCAAAAUGCCAUAUUGUUUUUUGUCGGGUGGUGGGAUCCUUGAGGUUUUAGAUUACUGAACAUUGUAAAUUGUCUAUAUGAGCAAAGGUUUCUGGUCAACAGAUUACUUUUGCUAUUAUUAUUUUUAUCAUCAGCAAUUUUAUAAAAGCAUCUUUUAAAAGUUCAAUACCUCAUGUUACAGCGAAACUCUUCAUGUGUUGAUUCUGUAAUUUGUAAACUUGAGCCACUUUUCUUACAAACAAGGAAACAAUACAACACCGUUGGAAGCUGCUACACUGACAGGUCAAUGAAAAGAAAUUAUACUUUUAAAACGGAUGGAUCUUUUGGUAUAAAGUAACACAAACAUCUCAAGAGUCAGUGUUGCAGUUUUGUUUGUAUUGUUUGCAGCUUUUGGGUAAAAAAUAUUUUGUAUUCACUUUUAUUUUUGCUUAAUGUUUUGAGUUUUUUCUUACAUAUUCAACAACAGAUGGACCUGCUCAUAGCUUUUACAUAUCAGUAUUUUUACAUCAUUUGUACUCUCUACAUACACCUUUACUCAGCAUAGCCUUAACAGCAAAAACAAAAUCAAUGUUACGUUUGUGUGGCAAUCUGAUUUCAUACACAAACAAACUUUCUCUGGAUAUCUCUGUGCAACAGAGAUGUGAUAUUCAGCCUUACUCAUACAUUGUAUGAUUUGAGUUUUUAGUAACUGGAAAAAUUCAUAGAUAUUGUAUUGUUGUUACUGAAUCAUGUUUGAGGUCGCAUUAACUUGUGUUAGGAUGAUUGCCACUGAGCAGGACUCAGAACACAGCAUAUUAGAUAAUUGAAAAACUAAACUGGUGAACUGAAUGGAUUGCCAUUUAUCAACAGACUUUAUAGUUCAGUUACAUGUACAGUAUCCUCAUUCCAAAUGCCUCAUUUUUAACUGAAAUAUUGUAAAUUUUAAAAUCCCUGUAUUUGUUUGGAGUUAAUGUCAAUGGUCUAAUUUCGAGUAAUGCGUAGUUGGCACAUUUGUAGCCAGGUAAAAUGUGUGAUAAUAGUGAUCUUUGCAAAAGAAAUGAUAAUAAAUUAUUGUUUUUUGGUACAAUA